AUGUCGGUCUUGUCAGAUAAAUCAGACAAUUCGGACUCUCCCGUCCUCGUAGCUCCCCAUGAUUCGUAUGUUGGAUCAAUUGAUCAAGGAACCACAAGCACGAGGUUUUUGAUCUUCAAUCGAGAGGGAGAGCCAGUUGCUUCGCACCAGAUUGAGUUCAAGCAAUACUAUCCUCACCCAGGAUGGCAUGAACAUGACCCGCUUGAAAUCAUCACUUCCAUUGAAGAUUGCAUUGAAGGUGCCGUGAAGACCUUUGAGACCCAAGGCCACUCAGCCAGAUCAAUCAAAGCCGUUGGCAUCACUAACCAACGAGAAACAACCGUCGUUUGGGAUAACGAAACCGGCGAGCCUCUUUACAAUGCGAUUGUCUGGACCGAUACCAGACAUCAAAAUCUCGUACGAAAACUUAAAGCUCGACUUGGGGCAGACAAGCUCCAAGAUCUCUGCGGUCUCCCACUAUCCACAUACCCCUCAGUUGGCAAGCUCUUAUGGAUGAUCGAGAAUGUUCCCAAGGUGUCAGAAGCGUAUGAAAAAGGCAGACUCGCUUUCGGCACAAUAGAUGCAUGGGCUGUCUACCGCUUGAACGGGGGUCCAAAAGCAAACGUCUUCGUCACAGAUCCCAGCAAUGCUUCUAGAAGCAUGUUCAUGAACAUCCACACCCUCAAAUACGACGAACAGCUCCUCGAUUUCUUCCGCUUCGACAUGGCCAAGCUGAAGCUCCCAAAGAUCGUCCGUUCUUCAGACUCAAAGGCAUACGGUACUCUCACCACUGGCAUUCUCAAGGGCAUCCCGAUCGCAGGCUGUCUCGGCGAUCAAUCCGCGGCCCUCGUCGGCCAAAAAGGUUUCUCCCCAGGGAGAGCCAAGAACACCUACGGUACAGGCUGUUUUUUACUCUACCACGUCGGUGACAAGCCGGUUAUCUCCACGCACGGUCUCCUCACGACCGUCGCCUAUGAUUUCGAUGGGAAGCCCCAGUACGCCCUUGAAGGCAGUAUCGCCGUCGCCGGUUCCUCGAUCAAAUUCCUUCAAAAUAAUUUCGGCUUCAUUGACUCGAGCAGUGAGAUCAGCGUCCUUGCGGAAACGGUCGAGGAUAAUGGUGGUGUCACAUUCGUGACGGCAUUCAGUGGGCUCUUUGCUCCGUACUGGUAUGAUGAUGCGCGUGGGACGAUCUUCGGUAUCACAGCCUACACCCAAAAAGGCCACGUCGCGCGCGCAACACUUGAAGCAACCUGCUUCCAAACCAAAGCCAUCCUUGACGCCAUGGCCAAAGACAGUGGAAGGCCCCUUGCUGAGUUGGCAGUCGAUGGCGGAAUGACGAACUCAGAUCUCUGCAUGCAGACGCAAGCAGACCUAAUCGGAAUCCCCGUCGAGCGACCCCGCAUGCUCGAGACCACCGCCCUUGGCGCCGCCAUCGCAGCCGGCUUUGCCAUCGGCGUCUGGCAGUCCUUUGACGAGCUCAAGAACGUUAACAUUGCUGGUGUGAAGACGUUUGAGCCGAAGAUUAACAAGGAGGAGAGGGAAAAGAAGUUCGGGAGGUGGGAGAAGGCGGUUGAGAUGUGUAGGGGGUGGGCAAAUGAGUGA